GAAUAUAUAGUAAAGACAAUUUAGAUUCAAAUUAUCUUGAAAAACCUUUUCAAAGACCUCGUAUACAGCAAAAAGUUAACUCUGCUAGAUUAGAGGAGAAAGUAGAUGAAAUUGGGAAUAUGUUAUCUCACCUUAAUAUAGACAAACAACCCCAAAAACAAGUAGCCAAAUCAAAUCGAACACAACGAUUUUAUCCCUUUCAACCAAUAAAUUAUAGCGUUUCAACUAAUGAGGAAGUUCAGAAGGAAGAAUCAGAUGAGUGGUUUUCAUCUUUACAAUAUCUAAAUGCUAAAAUAGAUAAUUUGUUAAUUUCUGAUUCUUUCUUAGAUUCCGGAAGUGAGAUUGGAGUCUUAAAUGAUUCAACAAUUAAUGCCCUUGGAUGGAAAGCUGACAAGCCAUCUGACUUUGAUAUAAAAGGUAACUCUAAACAUAGCACUGAAUCAUUGGGAUGGUUUACGGAUGUGCUAGUCAGUAUAAAGGAUAAGGAUGGUAAAACUGUUACAGCUACUGGAAAUUUUACACGUAUUGAUAAUGGCGAACCUGAACCAAUGUUAUGUUUAGGUAUGACAUGGAUUCGAAAAGUUCAAGAUAUGUCAGGAUAUCGUGUUCCAUCUGCUUCUUCCAAUAAAUGA